ACUGAAAAACCAGAGUCGUCACCCAUAGCUCGUUUCACUCCGCGCUUCGAGUCUUCCUCCAUUGAAGCCAUCCUCGCCCACCACUUCUCCGGUUCAACCCAUCAUCGCCUUCUCUCCCAUCUCCAGGGUCCUCAUUGCACAUCCAAUGUCUUUUGAUCUCAACAACAAACAUUCAUCAAUUAUUGGACAAUUUUAUUUUAUGAACCGAGGGAGGCUCUGGUGUUCGCGGAGGAUCUUGUUCCGGCACUGGACUUGACCAAAUUUUUUUUGGGAGUGGGCGUUGUUUAUAAUAGUGCAUUAUUUUCCUCACAUCUUGUGAGGAAUUUUUACAGUGGGAUUUAAGGCUAUUGUUAGAUAUUUGAGACUUUACAUUUGGAUUUUGUGAUGGGGAAACCACCGUUGCCUCCUGGUUUCCGGUUUUCUCCAACUGAUGUAGAACUUGUACGGUAUUAUUUGAAGAGGAAGGUAAUGGGGAAAAGGCUCCAUUUUAACUUCAUUGCAGAGGUCGACAUUCACAAGUAUGCUCCUUGGGAUCUUCCAGAAAAAUCUGGCUGGCAAAGUGGAGAUCUAAAGUGGUACUUCUUUUGUCCGACAGCAAGGAAGUAUCCAACUGGAGUUAGAGUGCAACGUGGCACCGAUUGUGGUUACUGGAAGUCCACGGGAAAGGAUAGAUCUGUUCUUUACAAUGGUGAAGUUUCCGGGUGGAAAAAAAUAUUGAUCUUUCAUAAAGGUCGAUCCCCAAAAGGAGAAAGAACAGAUUGGGUUAUGCACGAGUAUAGGCUUGAAGCUAAGGACCUGGCUGAUAGUGGUGUGCCACAUGACUCAUAUGUGAUCUGUAUGAUUUUCCAAAAAGAUGGGUGGGGGCCCAAAAAUGGUGCACAAUAUGGUGCACCAUUUAAAGAGGAAGACUGGACUGAUGAUGAGGCUGAAAUUUGUUCAGAAGCAGUCCCACAUGAAAACAUGUCUGAGCCAAACCUUGUAGUGCAGAGCAACUGUAAGAGUUCUGUCACUACUAGCGGACAUUCCCCGAAGGGUAUACACAUAGGUCCUUCUGAAUCGUGCAUAUCAGAUGUUUUACCACCUUCUGGCAAUGUUCUCCAAUUGGUUUCCAGUAAUCAUGUUACAAUGGAGAAGCUUCAUGGUUCCGAUGAUGAUAUCCUGUCAAUGUUGAAUUGCUUCACUGAAGGAAGCACUUCCUUAAUGAAAGUAAAUGACAAAAAUGAGGAGCUUGGUAAUGUCAUUCAUUCUGGAUAUGCUAGUGCUACACCUAAUGUCAAUAGUGAUGAUAUUUAUGAAGAUUUAGGAGACUUGGGGAAGACGGCUAGAGUGAGUGAAGAUGAAUUUUAUUUCUCCAAUGUGCAUAAUUCAAUCUGUGCUCCGGCUCAAAUGCCGCUAGGUGACAAUGGGCAAUUCUUGGAGCUGGAUGAUCUAUCAUGGUAAACCGUUGAAUUGCCAUGAUUUGACAUAUACUCAGCCUCCUACUUCGAUGGGAGAGACGCCAUUUCCGGUUGAAGACGAGUUGAAUGUGUUUGAUAACUUCAACUUCUGAAAUUAUUGUUGCUCUUCAGUCUUUCAGAUCAAAUUUGUUAACCGGUUUGCUAACUUUCAGAAGUUCACCUUAUCAGACACAACUUUGAGUUGCUUCCGCACAUUCAUUUUUAUUGUUGGGACGGAACAAUACUAAAAAUUGUGUUUACCGCAUUGUAUUAACAAUUAUCAGGUUUACCUGGGAUUACACUUGUUUUAUGUCUAUAAUCUUAAACUAGACUUGUGUACUUUCGUA